UUCUUUGCGGCAACAUACAAUUCCUUCCUAGAAUCUACAAAUUAUCACCACUUGCAGCUAAAGGCUUACUUGACUCCUGCUCUACAAGUAGCAUUGAAGGGACCACGGAGCUGGGGAAGUCCGAAAGAUGGCAGAGGGAGAUAUCACAACCUUUGCAGCAUUGACUGAGAAAUUCGACCUUCCUCUGGGCAAUUACAAGAAACCGAAGCUAUUGUAUUGCAAUAACGGGGGAUACUUCCUACGAAUCCUUCCAGAUGGAGAGGUGGAUGGGACUAGAGACAGAGAGGACCUGCACAUUAAAUUGCAGUUAAAGGCAGAAAAUGUAGGUGAAGUCAAUAUAAAGUGCACGGAAACUGAGAAUUAUUUGGCUAUGGAUUCCACUGGACGCUUAUAUGGAUCUCUGUCGUUCAAUGAAGAAUGCCUGUUUUUGGAAACUUUAGAGGAGAAUCACUAUAAUACGUACAAGUCGAAGAAGUAUGCUGACCGCGACUGGUUUGUUGGGAUUAAGAAGAAUGGAAUGAGCAAACGAGGCCCCCGGACUCACUAUGGCCAAAAGGCCAUACUCUUCCUUCCAUUGCCAUUGUCAAGUGACUAAGAUUUUAGUGAAAACACCAUGCAGAUGAUUAUUAAGUAUUAUUUGUGGUACUGUUGACAAUAAUUAUAUUAAAUUCAAAUGCUUUCAAUAGUGUUUUGCACAAUGCCAAUCUCAGAGAAUGGCAUAUUCAUCCAAAUUAUGUGUUUGCACAAACCACAAAAUUAGUAGUCAGUAGGAAAUAUUUGUGUGCAUAUUCAUAUUGUGUCGAUUAAGCAGUUAAAACCACGUGUAGCUCAUAAAAUAUGUAAAAAAUAAAUAAAAAAUUUACUAAUAUUUUCUUUCAGUAAUUUAUAUGGUUAAAAGUACACUCCACUGCCCAAAUAAAAACACUGUUUAAUAGAUAUACCCCAAAUAAAAACAUGCAUGUACGAAUUAUGCAUUUUCAUUGAAGGUAUAUCUAAACACAGCUUGCAAAACCUGCAUUUCUCUUGUCUGCUUCCUUUGAAAACCACUGCCCAGACUUUCUGUGGCUGUCCAAUCACAGACUUCCCAAUGCAGCUCAAUGAGAAGUCUUUGCAAGGCAGGUGCUCUGAGCAAUUGCCUACCUGUUGAGUUUAGCUCCACUGAGCUAACCAAACCAGGAAGUAACAUGACCUGUUGUUUGAUUGACAGCCAGGGGGUGUAACCAGGUUAAUUUAUAAAAGUGUACAUUUCUGUUGAAAUGUGCACUUUUUGUCAAAUGAAAAAGAGUACCCAUUAUUUUUUUUUUUUUUUUUUACAAAUAAUGCUUUUCAGCAAGCUAGUGCUUUAUGGGUUUGGAGUGUCCCUUCAAAGCUUACUGAUAGCUAAACAGAUCCACAUCAAACAAAUACUCAGGACCUCUCUUUGUUAAAUAAUUGAUAUAUUAACAGAGGGGUACGACUCUGAUUGGGUACCAAAGUUGUGUCCCAGGAUCCUAUUUAUCCCAGGAGCUGUUAAACAAUGUACCGUACUGGUCAGCAAUUGUAGGCACUGAGAUAAGACAUCAAUUUUAUUACCCCUUAAGAUAUAAUAAUGGACAUGGCCCCCAAUAAGGUUAGAUCAAUAAGGUGUGAAUUGUGAGAAACUCAAAGUGAAUUUUGAAUUAUUGGACAAAAUAGCUGAAAUAAAAACAUACCUCUUUUUUGAGAAAUGUUCUAGUUCUACUUUUUUUAUAUACAGUUUGCCUCCCUCCUUCCCUCCCUCCCACCCCCCAUGCGAGGUUGCUGAAGAUGGCCAUGGCCCGGGGCCGGCAGGUGGGAUCACAGGAUCUUCCCUGCCAGUCUAUGCAGGGCCGGCACUAUCCAAGCGCCGGCCCCGCUGUGUUCCAUGACGGGCCGGUGGGGAGAUGGAAUAUCUACCUCACCAGCCCACAUGUAGUGUAUUGAGGCAGCCGGCAGGGGAGAGACGGAGGGAGACAAGAGAGGAACCCGGAGGUGCUCUAUUUUGCAGCUCCACCUGGUUCGUCUCGCGAGAACGCUCCGAGUCUCGCGAUAGUGAACUCUAGCCCCACAGGCUAGAGUUCACUCACUACUAGAACCACCAGGAAUGGCAGCACGGUCCCUCCUCCCAAGCUAAAGGUAAGAAGGGAGGGGGGAUAUAAUCAAUGCUUCUUUACUUUUUUAAAAUUAAUAUAUAGAAAAUAUUCUUCCCCCCCAACACACAAGCCCUCCAAACAUAUUCACACACGAGGACCCUCACUCACACACACACACACACACACACACACUGCACCCCUGACACUCACAGCACCCUCACUCAGACACACACACUGCACUCCUGACACUCACAGCACACACACACACACACACACACACACACUGCACAACUGGCACUCACAGCACCCUCACUUACACACACACACUGCACCUCUGGCACUCACAGCACCCUCACACACACACAGACACACACACACACUGCACCCCUGACACUCAGCACCCUCACUCUCACACACGCACACAGCACCCUCACUCAAACACAGCACCCUCACACACACUGCACCCCUCACACACACUGCACCCUCACACACACAGCACCCUUACCCACACAGCACCCUCACACACACACUGCACCCCUCCUGCACACACACUACACCCCUCACACACAGCACCCUCACUGCACACCCUUACCCUAACACACACUGCACCCCUGAAACACACACACUGCACCCUUACUCACACACACUGCAACCCUCACACACACAGCACCCUUACCCACACAGCACCCUCACACGCCUCUUGCACACACUACACCCCUCACACACACACUGCACUCCUCUUGCACACACUACAACCCUCACACACACACACACACUGCACAGUACUCUUUCCCAUCAUUUUUUGUCUCCUGGUAUAUGGAGACACCAGAGACAAAUUUCAAGCAAAUACAGUGCAAGCAUGUUAUUAAAUUUGCUUGCGCGGUGCAGAACAAAUACAGGCCUUUUUCUCAUCAGCAGAGCUCUGUGCAUGGUCUGCCCUGGAAGAGCAUUGAACCAACAUGCUACCUUUGUGAUGGGGUGUACUUGUCAUUGGUUAUGACAAAACAGACCCCACUUGGCCCCGCCCCCUUUUCACUGGGCCGCUGUAAUAAAAAAUGCCCGGGAUGAAUUUUCUUUUUAGUCUGGCUCUGUCUAAAAAUACGUUGUUAUG